CACACACACUACAUCCCUGCACUCUUCUUCUUCUUCUUCUUCUCUGCUUCUCAUCCUCAGGAUCACAGAUAAGAGACAAGAUGGGAAAAAUUAACGGAUGCCUCAAGUGCCUUUUCGUCUUCUUCAACGUCCUGUUUGUGAUCCUGGGAUGUGUGAUGAUAUAUGUGGCAGUACAGGCCACCUCUGCCGCAAUUCAGAUGUCAGCCUUUGGAGGUCCGGGAGUGGGCUGGCUCUGGGUGAUUACCAUCGGGAUCUUUGGCAUCUCCUCUCUGGGAAUCUAUGCUGCCUGCUCCGAGAAUAGCCUUUUCCUCAAAAUCUUUGCAGGUUUCAUGGGGGUUGGAAUGAUCAUCAUGCUGAUCUUUGGAACAGUUACGGCUGUUUCAAGAAACACGGUGAAAAACCAGUUUGAACAAAACGCCAAAGAAAUUGCUGACGUCUUCAUGAAUAACGAAGACUUAAAGCCCGUGCUUGAGGGCUUUCAACAACUUUUUCAGUGCUGUGGAGUGAGUAGUACUGAUGACUGGGGCACAGAAAUACCCCAAAGCUGCGCAUGCACUUAUACAGACGGACCUUUUGGAAGGCCUACGUGUAAAGCCAGGCCCGUGGGAUCCACUGGACCAAAUCAAAUCUAUGACAAGACCUGCAGCAGUACCAUCUUUGGUUUUAUUGACCUUUUCUUCAAGAUUGCCAUCGGCAUCCUUUUUGGAUUCGCUAUCACUGCACUGAUGGGCCUGCUCAUCUCCUUCCUCAUGAUCCAUCAGGUCAAACGUCACGACGGCAUGGGGGGAAUGUCCAUUGCGAUGAAGGGUUAACAAAGUUAACCUGCACCUCUGGAUGUAACCGGAUGUCUCAUUAUCUAAGUUUUUUGCAUUUAACUCAGAGUGAUUUUGUGGUAAAACUGCGAGAUGUUUUCUGUGAUGCUCCUGUUUGCUACUGAGUUUGUAUCCAGAACCUUUCUUAUAUAAAAACAGCUAUUUUUGUACUUAUGUAUGCUUUGAUCUGUCCUUGGAUGCAGUAAUAAUCUGUAAAAUAUGAAAUAAAGAGCAUUCAGCAUCUUCUGUUCAGCAACAGCUUCGUCACACCUGAGGAGAUGGUAGACGACCCCAUUGUGCAGAUGUGAAACAUCAGCAAUCAUGAUGAAGUCAUGGACUGCAUGUUUCAUUCUUCACCUUCUCCAUUCUCUGUUCUGUCCCUAAUCAGUGGUCUGCAACCUGCAUGUGGUUCUUUGGACCCUCCACAAUAACUCUUUAGCUCUUUAACUUUUAGCUAAAAAUGAUCAAGAUCCAGCAAAUGUUUUUAAAUAUCGGCUCCAUAACAACAGCAGGUUUUAGCGGGUUAUUUUUCAUGAAUUUCUACAACAGAAUGUUCUGGUGAUUGAUUUUAAAGAUCUUUCUUUUUCUUGUUACUGAGUUGGAAAUGAUAUGCAUUUCCUUUUUGUAACAUUUGAAAAUAUAAACGUAUUUUUGUAUCCAUCCUUUGUUUUUCUUUUUCUUUACAUCAAAACCUGAAUUUUUUUUUACAGUGGGUAUUUAUCAAAAAAUAAAAGUUGUGUUGUUUGAAAAGCUCAUGUAGGAGUUGCUGUUCUAUGUGGAUUUUAUUUAGUUUAACGGAGGGAAAAAUGGCUCCUUGGAUUCUAAAGGUUGCAGACGCCUAAUUCACCAGAAACAAAAUCCAAGGUUUAGUGAGAAUUGGUUUUAAACAUUUAACCUUAAAAGUUUGGACUAAAUAUGCCAAUAAACUACACCUUAAAACCA